AAAACAACAGACUUACUUGAUUUUUGUAACCGAAAACAAAUCGAGAUUGAAGAGAGAAGAGAGCUGAAUCAAAGAAACCCUAAUUAGGGGUUUAUUUCUUGGUUCACUCUCUUUGAUUUAAUCACUCAUUUUCUUUUCAAUGGAGUUUUUGUAAAAAAAAAAAGUAAAAAUGGCAGCAACAAAUUCCAGUCAUUUUACCACUACUUCUUCAGCAUUUCUCAGAAGCAGAGUUGAUAAUGUCUCCUCCUCUUCUUCGUUAAUUUGUGAAUUGAGUUUUAGAAACAAAAGUAAAUUAUUGUGUAAUAUUAGUGGCAGAAAUGUUGGUGAUGGAGAUAAAAAUCUUCAACUCAAGAUGAGUCGAAUCUCUUGUUAUUCUGACUCUGUAUCACCCAUUCGAAGAAAAUCAUCCAGUGUUAUUGAAAGUGCUGAAGAAUUGGGGUUUGAAAAAUCUAAAAAAAAUCAUCGUCGGGUUAAAAUCCAAGCUAUUCCUACUGUGCCUUUCUCUUCAUCUAGACCUGGGGGUGGUACUGAACAAAAGAAGUUCUAUCCUAGGUGUAUACCAAAUAACAAUGCGCCGCAUUCUCGUGAUACUCCACCUAAAAGAGACACUGGCAUUGCAAAUGAGAAGGAUUGGGGCAUCAGUUUAAAUGAUCAUGUCAAUGAAGCUGGUACUAAUGAAGAUGGUAGUACUUGGUUUCGUGAAAGUGGAGAAGAUAUUAAUAUAGAUGAUAAUGGAAAGAGAUGUCGGUGGACUAGGAUGGGUGGCAAAAGUAGUGACGCUUCUUCGCAAUGGAAAGAAGAGUGGUGGGAGAAGAGUGAUUGGACCGGAUAUAAAGAACUAGGCGUCGAGAAGUCUGGGAUGAAUGCUGAAGGGGAUUCAUGGUGGGAAACAUGGAAAGAGGUUCAUCAACAAGAUAUAUAUAGUAAUUUGGCAAGGAUAGAGCGAAGUGCAGAGAAACAAGCUAAGUCAGGCACCGAGGAUGCGGUAUGGUUUGAGAAAUGGUUCGAGAAAUAUGAUGCUAAAGGUUCAACAGAAAAAGGGGCUCAUAAGUAUGGGAAAUUGAAUGAACAGUCAUGGUGGGAAAGAUGGGGAGAGCACUAUGAUGGAACUGGAUCCGUCCUGAAAUGGACGGAUAAAUGGGCAGAGACCGAACUAGGAACCAAAUGGGGAGACAAGUGGGAGGAGAGGUUUGUUUCUGGCAUAGGUUCGCGUCAAGGAGAGACGUGGCAUGUGUCGCCCUCUGGUGAACGCUGGUCAAGGACGUGGGGAGAAGAGCACUUCGGAAACGGGAAAGUGCACAAAUAUGGUAAAAGCACAACGGCAGAAAGCUGGGAUAUUGUUGUUGAUGAGGAGACCUAUUACGAAGGUCAACCUCAUUAUGGAUGGGCAGAUGUUGUUGGUGAUUCAAGCCAGCUUCUAAGUAUAAAACCUCUGGAUAAACCACCUGGUUACUACCCCGGUCUUGGAAUUCCUCCGUCACCUUCAGUUGAUGAACCAUUCUCAGAUGACAAAACACCUCCAGUUGACGAACCGCCACCAUCUCCAGGAUUUGAUUCAGAAUGAAGAAAAAUAGCUUCCCUUUUCUAUUUUUUACAUUUUAAUAUUUAACUUCCUGGAAGAUGAAAUAUUUAUUGCAGGUCAAUUCUAUAGUGGUAAACAAAAGACUCCUCCAUGUAAACAAAACAUCAAAGCAGUUAGUCUUUAAUCUAUUAAUUCUUUCAUUUUUGACAGUUGCUUAUUCAACUGUUCUUUAUUGACCAAA